AUGUUUCUUCCCGAGGAUCUGCUGUUCAAGCAGGGCGCGCUUGCCCACGUGUGGCUCGCCUCGAAUCAGCAGAAGAAGCUUACCAAAGCUCAGGUGCUGCAGCACAAGAUCCCGGAGAGUUGCGAGGUCAUCAUCCGACCCGAGGUGGCUGCUGGCGGCCCCCUUGCAUUGCGAUUGAAUGCGCAGUUGCUUCUUGGUGAAGUGCGCAUCUACCACAAGAAGGCGCAUUAUCUACAGGAUGACUGCAACGAGGCCCUGUGGAAGAUUAAGAUGGCCUUCCGACCAGGGAACAUCGAUCUGCCCGCCCAAACCCAUGUCGCCAACCCCACCAACCUGAUCCUGCCAGAUCAGAUCACCGAUCUUGACCUGCUAGCACCCAUGCCAGAUCCCUCGUUCCUCUUUUCGCAACCCAUUAGUGGCAAUCUGGAUCUUGGAAACACCACCGUUCCGGAUUGGGACAACAGCCAGUUCCUCUCUGGCAGCAUUGAGCAGGCACGUAUGGAACCGAUGGAGCUUCCAGAUGAUGAUUUGAAUCUGGAUAUCGGCGAGUACGACGACUUUGAUCGCCCAGCUGCGUAUGAUGAGGGUACCAGUAUUGAGCUCGGCCGUAACGCACCUUUGGAGCGACAUCAGUCCGAAGACUUCACCGCACUAGACAAGAACCUCGACGACGACCUUGGCCUGGAUAUCGGUGAAGACCCCCCAACGGAACUGGCCCAUGCUGCUGAUGUGGAACUCAAUCUUGGGCUUGGAGAUGACGAGGACAUCACAAUGGGCGGCAUGACCGAGACAGGUCUCCCAGCAAGCUCGAUAGCUGGUGACUUACCCAUGCGACAGCGUGAAGAAUCGCCACUCUCCGAGUUGGGAGAGGAAGAGGCUACCCGGCUAGAGCAAGAAGUUGCCGAGCAAAACACUACAGUGUUUGAGCCAGAGCCAGAGCAGGAGGAAGAAGAGGAAGAAUCCAUUCACCAAGCCCGGGCGAAGCGUAGGAGGGUCAUUGGAGCCGAUGCUGAAACCAUGAUAUCGAGCCAUCAGCUCCGGGAGCAACAGAACAAUCGUGAGAAGAUCCUCAAGCCAGCCUCGUUCCUUCCUCGCGACCCUCUUCUUAUGGCAUUGCUCAAUAUGCAAAGGUCUGGCGGAUUCGUCUCAAGCAUCCUCGGCGAUGGCCGGAGCCAAGGUUGGGCUCCAGAGCUACGCGGCAUUCUUUCUCUAGAGGUUGUCUCCCGCCCUGCUCAAAAGCGCAAACGCGACAAUACUGCUGCCGAGCCUGGUACCCCAGAAGAUGACGCGGCCGCUGAAGGAGAGAAGACACCACAAUUGCAACUGGAGUUUGACCAAGAUGAGCCGACCUUGGGAGCGGGUGACAUGGGUCUAGGGGGUGAUAACAACACCACAAUUGCCGGAUCUGAUGACAUAAUCCAACUUCCCGACGAGCCCGGUUUCCAGCAACAGGCAGAGGAACAAGGAGAAGAGGAAGACAUGUUUUCGCCUGUUCCAGACAACUUUGACGAUACAACCGCUCCUCUUGUCCAUCCCUCGGAAGCUGGACCAAUCUCCCUAGGCACAAAACACGCCGUUCACUUCUUGCGUGAGCAGUUUGGACCUGAAGCCGAAGAAAGCGAAGCCGAACGCCAAAAGAACAGCAUCGUAUUCCAGGACAUGUUCCCGGAAACGCGCACCUCGCGAAAUGAUGCGACCAAGAUGUUUUUUGAGAUGCUCGUCUUAGCUACCAAGGACGCUAUCAAGGUCGAACAGCCAGUCAAUCAACUUGGUGGUCCGCUCCGUAUUCGCGCUAAGCGCGGUCUCUGGGGCCAAUGGGCAGAGACUGGCGCGAGCGGCGAACUGCCUUCUCAGGCACAAGCUUCACCGGCGGGAGAGGUUGAUGCGCCCACCGAGGCCAUGUUCCAAGGUCCCCCAGAGGUGUCUGUAUCUGCCUAA